CCUGUGCUGCAUCUUUGUGAAAUCCAACUUAGUGGCGCUACGUGUAUAGCGAAUUGACAAUUUCUAUUUAAACUUAAAAAAGUCGUUACAGUCGGUAGACGAAUGGAUUAUGUGGAUUAAUUUAGUGUUUGCGAUCUUCAAUGCGAAAGCGUAGUUAGCUUGCUAAUGCUAACUCUCAUUAGCUUUUACGUUAUGAAUCGAUAAUUGUUCGCUGUUUCGACAAAAUAUCAAACAGAUGUAUGUGUUAUGUCUGCACAGUUGUUGCCAAUAUUCGGGGGGCAGCAAAGUCGGGGGAGAGACUGGGUUGUUUUAGGUUCAACACGAAACGUCCACAGCCGCAGCGAUUUAACCACAGGGAUGUCCCAAAACAAGCUACUGUUCAAUGAAGCCAUCCCUGCAAGUACCAUCAACCGUGCCACCCAUGUACGCCCGCCAGCCCCUGUUGUGAUAGAGAGGCUUCUGCCUCUGUCUGAGGAGCGUGAGACACAAGUGGACAACACCAGAAGCUCCAUCAGCUUCACCGCACUCUCUGAGGAGAGACUGCAGGCCGCAGUUCAACUGGCCAAGCGAGAUCUGAGACGUAGGCGCCUUGAGUCUCUGAGAAAAUCCCCUGUCAAACCCUCUCAGGAGGCCUCCCUACUCGAAACAAGUGAUGUAGAGCUGCUUCAGGAGCUUGCAGCCCCUUCGAAUAAGUUCAAUUUAAAGACCUCCAGUCCAAAAGAGAAAGCAACCCGACCUGGAGCCAAAUCGUCAGCGCGCACACUCCAGAAGCAUCCCAUUUCUCACAUGCCUCGGACUGGCCAGUCACCUCCAACCAGAGACACUGGCCCAAGGCAGUUUAAAGUUGGCAAACAAGCUCCUUUAAGCCAGGAGAUCUGCAAGCUGCAAAAUGAGCUUGAAGUGUAUAUUCAGAAAGUAGAAGAGCUAGCCAACAGAGGGGAGAAAAUAGAGGAGCCACUGGAGCCUGAAGAGCAAAACAAGAUGGAGAUACGCAGACAGAAGCAGGCAGCCCGCUCAGCACGUGUCAUCUAUGUUCUUCAGCAACAGGUAAAGGAGAUACAAGAGGAUAUGGAGAAACUACGAAACCAAAAAAUGUGGGACACCAAAAAGUCUAUGGCAAUAAACAGACUUGUAGCUACGCACCGUGGGACACUCAGGGCCUUACAAGUUUGUAUCCACCAGCUUUCAGACAUAUCUCAUGGCCAGUUACCCUCUUAUUACAAAGAGCUGGGCCAGCUGAUUCGCCAGCUCUCUUUGUGUUCAGCUAAGGUUCAAGUAGAACAGGGUUCAGCUGUGCCCGAGACGGCCCUCAACAUCCUGCAGAAACUAGAGACUUUGGAUUCUGCCCUCAGUAAACAAGAGCUGCUUGAAAAGUUGCAAGCCCGAGCAUGUCCUCCACACAGGAGGUCUCCUCAUCGCAGCAUGUCACCUACUAGGUCACCUAAGGGUCCCAGCGCCUCAACUGUUCGAGGACCUCGCAAGUCAGGAAAUCCCAAAAGAGCAGUCAGAGGUGUAGGUAAGAGGACGGCCUUGCAGAAAACUACCUCUCACCAGCUGAUGAACAGGAAAGAAAUGCUCAGGGCUGGCCUGGAGACCCUCGCCCAGAGGGAGCUGCAGGGACGCCCUCAGGCAAACACCACCUGCAGAAAAGGAGGUUCUCGACACUCUGAGAGAAGCAAGGCUAACAUUAUAAUGAGGCGUAAUCAGAUGCAAGAAGCAGGUUUCCAGCAGCCUACAGUUGCCUCUCAGCUCCGAGUGAACCAACUCCCUCAGAAAGAGCACUCUGUGCCCUGGAUACCAACAUCCCCUCACUCUCCCCCUCUACAGCGAUCCCCUCAAAGGAGAAGACCAGAGCCUCGAUGUCUCUUCUCUCCUGUAAAGCCGUCGCCCAGUCCUCCAAAGCAGACGGUGGCUGGUAGUUUUGGAGCGGAGGCGGGGCUGAGCUCAGGAAUGAAGGAACAAGCUCAGAAUGAAGCUUUAAGGAACGCCUGGUUGGAUAAGAUGACGAUGCAGAGACUGAAAGAGCUCAACCAGCUGAGUAAAGAAGAGGCUCAGCGCAUUCAGACAUUAAGGUCAGAAGUUGUCUCGCCAACGCGAUGGGCUGAGAGAGCUGAGCAGGAGGCCAGAGAGAGAAUUCAGCCCCGUCUGGAUGGCGCACAGCAGAUUGGUGAGUCCAGGAACAGGAUCAGCUCCUCACUGAGGAAUCAGCUGUCUGAGCAGGCUGCAGAGAGGGCAGCAGAGAGUGCAGAGCAGCUUAGUGAGGCACUGCUGGAAGAUUUGUUAGAGGACACUGCACGGGCGGCGUGGGCGGCAGAGACAGACAGACAGUUGGAGGGCAUGGCUCAGUGUAGGCUGCAGGCCCCCACCCUGGAGAGCAUGCUGCUUCGUAUGGAGGAGAUACAGAAAGAUCAGGAGGAAGUGAGGAGACGGUUUGCUUCUAUCACCUACUCAGACCCUCUUUACUGGGACCGCCCAGGAGCAGCAGGACCCCAGUGCCAUGCCCCGGGCUCCAGGCCAGCCUCUCCUCAGCCAAUUAGACUCACAAGGCCAGUGCUGAGGCAGAGCUCUGCGGCUGAUAUUGUCCUAGAGAAACCCGUGGAGACAGGACACAGCAUUCUGUUUGAGAACAGCCUUACAGAGGAGGUAUCCCAAGGAGAACAGCUACCCAGACACAGCACCAUGUUCCCAGGCCCAGUGGAGAGGACCAGGGGGACUAUUAUCUCCGUGCCAGGCAACAUGCUGAGAAGUAUCCGACGGUACAGGGAAGACUACGAGGCUUACCUGCGUGUUGUGGCUCAUGAGGCUGUCGGAGGCUUCAACCCCUGGGCUAUCGCAGACAGCCUGGCGGAUGAUUUGCUGUCGGAGGCUCUGGCUGACGUGGCAGCAGAGUUUCAAGAUGUUGUGGAGGAGUACGCUGAGGCCGUCUUCACCUCAGAGUUUCUUCAGCCGGUCCGGUCGCCUUCUGCUUCAGCUGCAGCUUUGGUCAGCCAAUAGGUGUUCGAAGCGGUUUCUUACACAUAAUAUGUAUUUAUUUUAGUGGAAAAUCUGCAAAGAUCUAGGGUCAUUUUUUCACCUUAUGAUUAUUUUUCUCCAAUGUCACAGGUGAUGUUUCAUUUUGGAAUGAAACUCCCUGACUUCUGUACUUAUUUUCUUUUAUUUACAAAGAUCUCUAUUUAAUUGGGAUUGUAGAUAUUUUUAAAUGAUGCUGCAGCAGAUGAGAUUGUUGAAUUGCACAGGGAGCA